ACCUGAGGGGGAGAAAAGAGGGAAAAAAAGGGAGGAGGAGAAAGGAGGAGGCCUAAUCCUCCCGCCUAGACACUCCUAACUGUGGUGGUUGUGGUGGUGCCUCCUCCGUCGCCUCCCGACCGAGGCUCGAAGCCGGAACGGGAAAAGGAGGGGAAGGAAGAGGAGGAGGAAGAGGAGACGAUCCCCCGCCGCUGCCGCCGCCACCCCCGGAGCCAAGCUGCCCAGUCACCAGCCCCUCGAGCCCAGUGCCACAAUGGCAACUGCACCUUACAACUAUUCCUACAUCUUUAAGUACAUCAUUAUUGGGGACAUGGGUGUAGGAAAAUCCUGCUUACUGCACCAGUUUACAGAAAAGAAAUUUAUGGCAGAUUGUCCCCAUACAAUUGGUGUGGAGUUUGGCACAAGGAUAAUUGAAGUUAGUGGCCAAAAAAUCAAGCUUCAGAUCUGGGACACAGCAGGGCAAGAGCGAUUUCGGGCCGUCACGCGGAGCUACUACAGAGGAGCAGCAGGGGCUCUUAUGGUCUAUGAUAUUACUAGAAGAAGCACGUAUAAUCAUCUAAGCAGCUGGCUGACAGAUGCAAGGAACCUAACUAAUCCAAAUACUGUGAUAAUUCUUAUAGGAAAUAAAGCGGACCUGGAGGCGCAGCGGGAUGUGACGUAUGAAGAAGCCAAACAGUUUGCUGAAGAGAACGGGUUGCUGUUUCUCGAAGCAAGUGCAAAAACUGGAGAAAAUGUCGAGGAUGCCUUUUUAGAGGCGGCCAAGAAAAUCUACCAGAACAUUCAAGACGGCAGCCUGGAUCUCAACGCCGCAGAGUCGGGCGUACAGCACAAGCCUUCGGCUCCCCAAGGCGGCCGGCUAACCAGCGAACCCCAGCCUCAGAGAGAAGGCUGUGGCUGCUAGUGACCUCGGUUCUUUUUGGCAUCUGUUUCCUGACCUUUCACCUCUGUUAGGAGCAGUGCUCUUUUUUUUGGCUGCUUCAGUAUCCUCUGUACAUCUUACCGGGUUUAAUUAAAACUCCUGAGGCAAGAGUUUAACACAGUACUAAACUGCUAAAAUAAAAUAAAAUAAAUAAGAGAAACUUAGAUGUAAUCAGGUUAUCAAAGGCAAGUAGAGUCAUAUCCUCUCCCUGCAUGGUUAAAUCUAGAAGUCUUUAACGCUCCCUUACCCCACCCCACCCAUGAUUGUCCUUGUGAAUAGAUGUCACCGAUCCAUAAUUUACAAAACAGAACACUGAUGCUGGACCUCAUGAUUUUUACUCUUUCCGUCUUCUUUCUCUCUCGGCAGAGCUUUGUCUCUCUGGUAAGGUUUAACUCUGUUAGCUUCAGCCUUUCCUCCCAACCUGUAACGGGUCCGAAUCUGUCCCUUCUCUUUCUUCUUCUUUUUUUUGAAACCAACAAACUGAAAAGUUGAUUUCCUGUGAAACGACUUCAAGGGUACAGCUGGAUUCCUGCAGGGGGCUCCUUUUUGAUGAAAAGAAAUCGUGUUUUGCAGUUGGAGACGACACUCUCUGCAGGGGUGUAAGGAGUAUGUCUUUGGCCUAGCAUCUCUCUUGUGCUCUCUAUAGCUUGAUGCCGCCUCUUCCCUUUUUUUUACCCUUGGUAACAGAACGUAAAUAUGUAUACAUUUUGAAGGAACCGAGCUAACACUUGACAUUCUGUGUAUAUGAUUUUAAUGAAGAAUGAAAAAAAAAAGAACCUCAACUAAUUCCUAUAGUUAAAAUUCUAGGCGAUGUAUCUCUCGGUCUUGUACAGUUCAACCUAACAAAACGGCCACAUCACUCUUGCUUCGUACCUGCAGUUCACUGACUGUUGGCUUAACUCUGUGGUGGUGGCAUUUGGAGGUUGCUCUCCCGGAGCUGGUUCUUGAUGCGGCACAGGAUCGCUGUCCCCCCCCAUGUAGUAGCCUCUCUCCCAUCUCGGCACUGUGGUCAAACCUCUCUUGCCGUUUCUGUUCAUACCCCUCCUGGUCUUGUGCAAUCGAUGGCGUGUUAACCGGCUUUUCCCCUCUCUCCCUUCUCCUUAGCAAGACGUUUGCAUUUAAUCCAGCUUCAUUCCCUGCCUUAUUGUAUAAGGAAGGCUGGGCUUCCGGUGCGUUAUCUUGCGCUUUCUUGGACACGUUCCUCAACUGGAAUGUCGCCGGCCUUUUUCCUCUCUAGGGAUUUCAAACUCUACGGUGGCAUUUGACACUACAGUUGAACUGGCUUAAGUUCUGCACCUCCCUCCUCGGUUCUUUCUCCCUGCUGUGGUUGUAAAGGAAGCAGCUCAAAACUGUGUGUAUGCAUCUCUGGUCUUUUCUGCUCGGGUUGGAGCUACAUAAUGUAAAACAGUCUUGACUCUGUACUGUAUUUUCCAUGGCAGCCUGCUCUUUCUCUCUUUCUCCCCAAAGGGCAACAAAUGUUUAACCAUGAUAGAGCCGAGACGAGCAUGUUUGAAUAUACCGAUUGCAAUGUUUCGAAUGCAGCAAACGUUCCAGGAACCCCUGUAAAGACACUAAAACGAGGCCAUGUUCCAAUGUGUAAAAGCAAAAGGCUGAAAACCAGCAUUAUUUGUACAGUUAAUGUUAAAUAAAAGCCAAAACUGGAAUGUGCAAAUCAUUAAGUGUUUGGGUAACCUGUGCGCUAUUCCCUUGUUGUGUGUCCUUUUCACUCUGGUUAGCUUUUUCUUUUCUCCUUGCAACCUACAGUUCUUAAUCAUAGAUGGGUAUUACAUGACGUUUUGGGGGUGCGGGGGUUGCCCAGGGACCAUGAAUCUGUUCACACAAUUUAAGUUUGGGCAAAGGCAAAUCAUUACUUUCCACAGCUUGUUGGUGGUGCGAGACCUCCUCCCAUUUCCCCAAAUUUAAAGUUACAAUAGGUCUUUUGUUUCUGUGACAGGACUAAUUUGGGCUGCUGUACUCCUUCAAUGUAACAAUGCUAUUAUCUAAAUAUUUGUAAAUAAAGUACCUGUAUCUAGAUAAAA